UCGACGGGCGACGGGCCCACGGUUUUCCGGGAAGGGCUUCGCGGCUGCGUAGGGGUCGCCGGUGAUUUCGAGGCGGCGGGUACGGCUUGGGGUCGCCAUGGAGAGCGGGUCGCGACCGUCGCUCGGCCAGGUCAUCCUGCUGGGCACCAGUUCGAUGGUCACCGCCGUACUGUACUCCAUAUACCGGCAGAAGGCCCAGGUCGCGCAGGAACUCAAGGGAGCUAAGAAGAUUCAUUUGGGUGAAGAUUUAAAGGGCAUUCUUUCAGAAGCACCGGGAAAGUGUGUACCUUAUGCUGUCAUUGAAGGAGCUGUGCGGUCUGUUAAAGAAACACUCAACAGCCAGUUUGUGGAAAACUGCAAGGGGGUGAUCCAGCGGCUGUCGCUUCAGGAGCAUAAGAUGGUGUGGAACCGAACUACCCACCUUUGGAAUGACUAUUCCAAGAUCAUUCACCAGAGGACUAACACUGUGCCCUUUGACCUCGUGCCCCAUGAGGAUGGCGUGGCUGUGUCCGUACGGGUGCUGAAGCCCCUGGAUUCGGUGGAUCUGGGCCUAGAGACCGUGUACGAGAAGUUCCACCCCUCUGUGCAGUCCUUCACCGAUGCCAUCGGCCACUACAUCAGUGGUGAGAGGCCCAAAGGCAUCCAGGAGACAGAGGAGAUGCUGAAGGUGGGAGCCACCCUCACGGGGAUCGGGGAACUGGUCCUGGACAACAACUCUGUCCGCUUGCAGCCCCCGAAGCAAGGCAUGCAGUACUAUCUGAGCAGCCAGGACUUUGACAGCCUGCUGCACAGGCAGGAGUCUAAUGUCCGGCUCUGGAAGGUUCUGGUCCUGGUGUUCGGCUUUGCCACUUGUGCCACCCUCUUCUUCAUUCUGAGGAAGCAGUACCUUCAGCGGCAGGAGCGCCUGCGCCAGCAGCAGCUCCAGAAAGAGUUCCUUGAACACGAGGCCCAAUUGCUGAACCAAGCCUCGCCUGAGGACAGGGAGAGUCUGAAGAGCGCCUGCGUUGUGUGUCUGAGCAACUUCAAGUCCUGUGUCUUCCUUGAGUGCGGGCACGUGUGUUCCUGCCGCCAGUGUUACCUUGCCUUGCCAGAGCCCAAGAGGUGCCCGAUCUGUCGGCGGGAGAUCACCAGGGUGAUACCUUUGUAUAACAGCUAGGAGUCUUGUGGUCACAUUGCAAGUGACCUUUGUCAGGGUCUGUCUGAGGCCUUUGGAGGGGUGGCUGUACCUUCUCGUAUGAUGGAGGGCACUGGUGAACCUCAGCUCCAACAGCUGGAUGUGGCUUUUGAACCUGGACCUGGCGGGGGCUGUGGUGAGGACCCCUUCUCGGGAGCUAGAUCCAUGUGUAUGACUGAAUAAGACCAGCUCAUUGUCCAGGC